CAAGGCCUCUCAAAAGCUCUCUGGCACUUAGAGAACAGUGUGUCCAGAGCUCAACCUGGAAGAGCAUAGCCAUGGUGCUCUGGGGUCUGGUGCUGGGAACCCUGCUGGUGGCCGUGGUGGGGUGCCUGUGGCUGCUGGGGCUGUUCCGGCAACGCAGACCCCAGGAGCCCCCUCUGGAUAAGGGCUUCGUACCCUGGCUGGGCCAUGCCGUGGCUUUCCGGAAGAAUAUGUUUGAAUUCCUGAAGUAUAUGCGGGCCAAGCAUGGAGAUGUGUUCACAGUGCAGCUAGGGGGCCAGUACUUCACCUUUGUCAUGGACCCGCUCUCCUUUGGCUCCAUCCUCAAGGAUGCACAGAGAAAACUAGACUUUGUGAAAUAUGCAGAAAAACUGGUGUUAAAGGUAUUUGGCUACCGCUCCAUGCAGGGAGACCACCGGAUGAUACACUCUGCCAGCACCAAAUACCUCAUGGGGGAUGGCUUGGAGGAUCUCAACAAAACCAUGCUGGACAGCCUGUCCUUGGUUUUACUGGGGCCCACGGGCCAGAGUCUGGAUGCUGGUUGCUGGCGUGAAGACGGCCUCUUCCACUUCUGCUACAAUGUGUUGUUCAAGGCCGGCUACCUGAGCUUAUUUGGCUGUACGAAGAACCAGGAGCAGGACCUGCUACAGGCAGAGGAGUUAUUUGUCCAGUUCCGCAAGUUUGAUCUCUUGUUCCCCAGGUUUGUUUAUUCCUUGCUGGGGCCCUGGGAGUGGCUAGAAGUGGCCCGGCUCCAGCGGCUCUUCCACAGGAUGCUCUCCGUGAACCACAACCUUGAGAAGAAUGGCAUAAGCAACUGGAUCUCCUACAUGCUUCAGUGUCUGAGGGAGCAGGGAACGGCCCCAGCCAUGCAAGACAAGUUCAACUUCAUGAUGCUCUGGGCCUCUCAGGGGAACACGGGGCCUAAUUCUUUCUGGGCCCUUUUGUUCCUCCUAAAGCACCCGGAAGCCAUGCGUGCUGUGAGGGAGGAGGCUGCCCGAGUCCUAGGGGAGGCCAAGCUGAAGGCUAGGCAAUCCUUUGGCGUUGAGAUCAGCGCCCUGCACCACACGCCAGUGCUGGACAGCGUGAUGGAGGAGACGCUGAGGCUGGGGACCGCACCCACCCUCCUCAGAGUGGUGCACGGUGACCAUAUGCUGAAGAUGGCCAGUGGACAGGAGUACCUGCUCCGCAGUGGAGACAUCGUGGCCCUCUUCCCUUAUCUUUCAGUGCACAUGGAUCCUGACAUCCACCCGGAACCCACUGCCUUCAAAUACGAUCGCUUCCUCAACCCCAACGGUAGUCGCAAAGUGGACUUCUACAAGUCAGGCAAGAAGAUCCACCACUAUACCAUGCCGUGGGGCUCGGGUGUCUCCAUCUGCCCUGGGAGGUUCUUGGCCCUCAGUGAGAUGAAGCUUUUUGUCCUGCUCAUGGUCACAUACUUUGACCUGGAACUGGUGGAUCCUGAUACACCUGUGCCACCUGUGGACCCCCGGCGCUGGGGCUUUGGCACCACACAGCCGAGCCGUGAGGUGCGGUUCCGCUACCGCCUGCGUCCUGCCAAGUGAGCUCCGCCAAGGGGGCCGCAGGCCUGGCCAGGGAGACUCCAUUAGGGUCUCCGCCUCCUCUCACCCCUCUGAAGCCCCACCCUCACCCUCCGGUUCUGUGAUACCUCCUACCUGUGUCCUAGUCGCCUUCCUUGCUCUCUGGCUUUCCUCUAGCCACCUGAUGGGCUUAUCUUUCUCUCUUGGAACACCGUCUGUCACCGUGGGUUCUGCAGAACCUUCCUCUCGCAUGAAGUCCAGGGGAAGGGGGUGGAAAUCUGGGGGAAACUUAGUUGGGGAAAUGACGGCAUAGCUUGACGAGUCUUGCCGUACAGAAACCAGUCAUCAUGAGUAACACAGUGUCCUGCAAAUGUUAACCUCCACCCUCCCACCUCACUGUAUUAUCUUCCUCAAUGCUUACUCCACAUCCUGUGGAAUUCAGGUUCGUCCAAAGCAAUACGAGGCAAGCCACAUGUGUAAUUUUUAAUUUCCUAGUUGAUACAUUUUUUUAAAAGGUAAAAAGAAACAGGUGAAGUUAAUGUUUAUAAUAUACUUAACUUAGCCCAAUAGAUCAAAAAUAUUAGCAUUUCAAUAUGUCAAUAUAAGAACAUUAGUAAAAUAUGUAUUUUUUAGUAACAUUGGGACAAAAUAUAUAUAUAAAACAUUAGUAAAAAAAAUAUAUAUAUUUUUUUUUUUUAAAUUUCUUUUUGUGUGUGUGUUGCCUUCAAAAUCUGGUAUGUACUUUUUACCCUUGCAGUGUAUCUCACUUCAGACUAGCCACAUUCUAGUGCUCACCAACCACAUGUGGCUAGUGGCUCCUGAAUUAGAUAGAGCAGGUCUGGAGAAAUGCUGCCUUUCACAUAGGAGUUAUUCAAGGCCCCCCUCCCCCUCAGUGCCCUUGUCUCCCCUCCACACUCCCACCUCAGGGUGGUCUCAAUCCCUCCUGUGGUCUCCACAACCACAGCUGAGUUCAGAGCUCUCUCCUACUUCCAGACCCUCAAUCUCCCCGCUGGGGUCCCACAGCACCUCUGACUCAGUUUGGCCCACACAGAACUCAGCAUGUGUCUCCCCACCUCUGUCCUGAACCACCUCCUUCUCCGGAUUACCCUGCCUGCCUCUGCUCAGGACACCACCACCCACCCCAUCCCCCAGGACAGAUCUGGGAGAAACCGGAUCUCCUCCCCACUCUCACCCACAUACAGUCAGGCCCCAGUUCUGUCAGUUCAACCCUCUGUCGUGCCUCCGAAACUGUCCUCUUUUCCCCAGCCCCACUGUCAUUCCUAUGACUCAGCACUCUGCACACCAGGCCUGCCUGGCCCUCUGUGCACCCACCUGCCAGAGACCGUUCACCAGACCUUUUGCCUGUCAUACUUUCACUUUUCUGGUUCCCCAUCCCCUCCGUGCACCUGACAUUUAAAUUUUGCCACAGUUGAUCCCAAAUGUUCAGUCCAGUGCAAUUCAGCCUUACCAACUUUCUCCAGUGGAACUGCCUGGAAAGUACAGUUGCUUGCUUUUUACUGCCAACCUGGAGGCCUUCCUGGAUCUCACCCAUUCCAGCCUCUGGCCAGAAAUGGGCUCCCUCCCCUGAGGUUCCCUUGACACAGCUUGUGUCCCAGCACAUCUGUUACUUGUUGUUGCUCUCUGUUUCCUGCUUUCCUCCUCCUGCCCCCUCCCCUGGACUGCAGCCCACAGGGCUUGGUAUCUUAUUACUUCAUCCCUGACCCCCAAUUCCCUAAAUGGAGAUUAAAUGAUAGAAAAUUG